UAAUAACACGCUCUUUGGUUGUUUCGAUCUAAACGAUCUCAACACACAGACCCUUAGCAGUAAUCUCCCUUUCUCUCAGUCCGCAAAUUCCCAAACCCUAGCAAUCUCCCUUUCUGUUUCUGCAAUCUCUCCUCGCGCAAUCGCUAUCUCAUUCUCUCUCUCCCUUCAUACCUGUCUUCUUCUUAGCUUCUCUGUAUUUUCCUCUGUGCCCACCGAAUUUGUGCAAUUUUUGUUGGUAUUAUAUAACGACGAUGACUGACGGAAAGCUCAAUCUACCUGACGAUCUCCUCCUCUCCUCCAAAUCAGCCGAUGAACCCCUCUCCUCCUUCAAAGAUCAAUUGACUGUGGACAACACAAUACCACUUUCUCCUCAAUGGCUUUAUGCUAAGCCGGUGGAUGCUAAGUCAUUAACUGCUGGAGCAUCAGGGGAAACACGUGCAUCAAAUUCUUUGUCCCUUGGAAACUCCAUUGAUAACAAUUUGAAAGACAAUUGGCGUUUAGAUGGAACCCAAGACAAGAAAGAUCGGAGGAGGAUUGCUUCUGACAUAGAAAGUAGCCGUCGCUGGCGUGAGGAGGAGAGGGAUACAGGCUUGCUUGGUAGAAGAGAUCGCAGAAAAGAGGACCAUCGCGCUGAUUCUGUUUCAACCAGAGAUAUAUCUGAGAAUAGGACUUUGUCUUCUUCAGAUCGUUGGCAUGACAGCAAUAACCGCAUUUCUGGGCAUGAAUCCCGAAGAGACAGCAAGUGGUCAUCUAGGUGGGGUCCGGAAGAUAAAGAGAAGGGUUCUUUAACUGAUAAGAGGGCAGAUGUUGAGAAAGAAGACACCCACAGCGACAAACAAAAUUUUGGCACAGCUAGCCGCCCAACUUCUGACCUUGAGAAUGAUUCUCGUGAUAAGUGGAGGCCUCGCCAUCGUAUGGAAGUUCAUGCUGGUGGACCUGCUGCGUACCGGAGCGCACCUGGAUUUGGGUCUGAUAGAGGACGAGUGGAGAGCUCAAAUGUGCGGUUUGCUGCUGGACGAGGGAGGUCUAACAAUAGUGGGAACUUUCAAAAUGGCAGGCAUCUUAAUUCUUCUCCUAUUGGGUCCAUUCCUGUGAAUAAAAAUCAUACAUUCUGUUAUCCAAGGGGAAAACUUCUUGACAUUUACCGAAAGCAUAAGACUCUUCCAAGUUUUGAUCCUAUGCCAGAUGGGGUGGAACAUGCAUCUCCAAUAACCCAGGAAACUGCUAUCAAGCCAUUGGCUUUUGUUUCCCCUGAUGCAGAGGAAGAGGCUGUCCUUGGAGAUAUAUGGCAGGGGAAAAUCACAAGCAGUGGAGGAUUGAAAAGCUCAUUUAGAGACAAUGACACAUCAAAUAAUAAUACUACAGGCUUUGGUGAGGUGCCUUUAGGUGAGGGGAACCCAAAUUCCUCUGUUAAGACUGAAGAAAUUGCUGACUCUUUUGGAAAAAUUACUGUUAAUGCUUCUGGUCAAGGUAUUGGUUCUGAGAUGUUAGAUACAUCAAUGGCUGAGGAAAAGGAUUCACAAAAAGAUGGCACACAGAAGCUUACAACAACAAUUGGCAGAGAGUUGACGGAUGACUUUGUGCCUGCAGUUUCCAAGAAAGACGAUUCCAGCAGUGUCGGGGAGUGUGGCCCAAGCAACAAUGUUGUGGAGUUGAAAGCUUUUGAAAUGUCAUCAGUGGAAGAUGUGGCUUCAAAGAAGCACCUUAAGUUGGGGGAUAAUGAACCAACUACUUUUGAGAUUGGUAGCCAGCUUCCUGGCGAUUCAAGUUCUCUAUUUGAUUUUAUUAUUCCACUCGAGGAGCUAUCAUUGUGCUAUCUUGAUCCUCAAGGGGCAAUCCAGGGACCAUACCUUGGUAUUGAUAUCAUUGCAUGGUUUGAGCAAGGAUAUUUUGGAACUGAUCUACCAGUUCGUUUGUCAGAUGCUCCCAGUGGAUUACCCUUCUUUGAGCUUGGAGAUAUUAUGCCUCACCUUAAACUUAAACCUGGGUGCGCUUCAAGCACUAGUCCAUCUGCUAAGUUACAACUAUCGGAACCUGUUGGAGAAAGCUUGGAAGGGAGCGCACUGCCUCCUGCUUCUUCUCUUGAAUUCAAGGGUUCUUCUGUCAGGGAAGAACUGCAGUAUGCCUCAUCUGGAUUUGAGGCCAUCCCUAGUGUUAGUGGUCGGUCAAGAAUACCUGAUCAUGGUUUUCGCCCCAGGACAGUGGAUUCUGAUGAUCAAAGAUUCCAAAAUAUUGUUACUUUGGAUGAAGAAAUUGUCUUUCCUGGAAGGCCUGGAAGCAGUGGCAACCCUUUGAUAACAGAUGCCGCAGGCAUUCAGAGUUUUGUUUCUAAUCCUCCUAGCCACCCUGUCAUCUUAAAUGAAUUUUCAGAGACUGGCAUGCUUACUCAUCAGGAUGAAAUAGUUCAUCCAUUUGGCUUGCUGAUGUCUGAGCUCAGAAGCAAGUCUCAUCCGAAGCAUGCUCAAGCAUCCUAUAUGGCUUCAAGCAUGAGUGAGGGUCAUGCUGUGGAUCCUUAUACAGAGCGUGAUGCUGCUCUUGCUAGCCACAGGUCCUUUGAUGCAGUAUCUGAUCAAUCCCGUUAUACAGAUACAUGGCCAGAAGAUUAUAGUAAAAAGCCACUCAUGAACCCCCACAUUGAUCUAGGUUCCACAGACGCUCGACACUUAUUUCAGAGGCAACCUGAGUUCAAUGAUUUUGACCAGCAGCAUCUCAUGCCACAGAAGAUGCAAAACGAACGUCAACAACAGAAUCAUGCAUCUCAUCCCUUCUUACAAGAACUGGGUUUUGAGCAAAUCCCUUCUCAUCUGAUUGAACUGCAAUUUCAACAGCAGAGAAAGUUGGAGCUCCAACAACAGUGGCAGUUGGAGCUUCAACGGCAGCAGCAGUUGGAGCUUCAACGUCAGCGGCAGUUGGAGCUUCAACGUCAGCGGCAGUUGGAGCUUCAACGUCGGCAGCAAUUCGAGCUUCAACGUCGGCAGCAGUUGGAGCAUCAGCGGCGGCAGCAGUUUGAGCUUCAGCAACAGCUGCAACAGUUUGAACUUCAGCAACAGCAUCAUUUACUGCAUCAACAGCAGCAGCAACAACAGCUUCAUCAGUACCAAAUGAAAUUGCAGCAGCAGCAGGUUCUGGAACAGUUGCUGCAGCAUCAGAUGUCUGAUCUUGGCUAUGGGCAGGGAAAGGGAGAUCCAAUGAGAGACAACUUGGUUGAUCAGAGUCAAUUUAGGACACCACUUCCAGAACUGCAGCGAAAUCUGCAUAUUCCAAGGCACUUGGAUCUGUCACUGGAGCAGGUAAUUCGAGCAAAGAUUGGCCAGAAUAAUCUUCAAGAACCUCAGACUGAUAUCUUAGACCUCUUAUCACAGGUGAAGCAUGGUAAUAUAUUGCCUUCAGACCUGCAAUUCCAUCAUCAGCUAGAACAGAUGCAGGCGCAAGAGUUGUCUUUGGCAAGGUCUACAGGAUUUAACACUUCAGAUUGUCACCUGCAACAGCAGAGGCAAUCCUCACAUGAUGAACAUUUAAGCCACAUCAAAUGGAAUCAUGCUUUACAGGAGUUACAUCAAGGUGGGUUUUAUGAGCCUAGCUCUAUGGCAUUUGACCAUCUAACUUCUCUUCCUGCUAGCACACUAGGGAUUAAGUUGGAUAAUGUAAAUGGUCAUUCCCAAGGUCCAGAUUCAGCAGAACAUCUAUAUAUGCAUCCUGCUGAGCAACUGGGUUCUGUUUCUUCAAAUGCUCCCUCUUGCGACCAACAAGUUCUUGAUGAUAUUUAUGCUUCUCAUCCUGAAAUGACAGAGAACUACUUCCCUGGAAAACGAAGGCAGCAAGAGAAUAGUUGGGUUGAAGGAGGGAUGCAACAGCUGCUGCAUCAUGAAAAUGAAAGAAAAAGAAAUGUUUCAGAAGCUUCUGGAAACUCUAGUAUUUGGUUAUCAGGUCAACGAGAUGAGGAGAGCUCGAAGCAAGUUUUAAUGGAUCUUCACCAAAACAUAGGUCUUCAGUCUAUUCACUCAUCAGAAGAUGAUUAUGGGCACCUUAUAUCCUCUUCAAAGUCUCGGGAAUCCUUUUGGCUGAUCACUGAUUCAUCUUCUCCAAAUCAUAAUCCAGAUCAAGAAGUUGCCAUGAAUAACUCAUUUAUGGAUAGGCCUCAACAUUUGAACUCAAAUUCUCUGUUGCAUGAUAAUCCUGCCAUGGCCUUGAGUGGUCAAUUACACCUAGGAAAUGGUGAAAGAUUGCAUGGGUCAAAUUCUGGAGCGCUACCGGAAGAACCAACUUUUUUGUCUGGCAUGAUAGAUACUUCUCAAGCUAAUCAUGUGGAUAACAGGUUUGGUUCAAAAUAUACCAAGGAUAAAGACUUGGCAGAAUUGGAUAACAGAUCUGGGUCCAAAUGUGUGAGGGCCAUGUCCAGGUCUGUUUUACACAUGGAAGAAAACUUUGUUGAACAAGCUGAAACUGCUAUGGAUCUUGUUAAUGCCCAUAGCAGGCAUAGUUCACUAAGCAGUGCUGGUGGAUAUGGAGGCUUACAUGGCUAUGAGAUGGGAUUAGAUAAUUCGACCAGUGAAGAGGUUUCUAAUGACAGGGUUAUAUUAAGUAAAGGGCUUGACAAUUCCUUGCAUAAACACCCACCAGUGUCCCGAGCCUUAUCUUCCCUGGAUGUUUUGUCAGACAUGGCAUCUGCUUCGCAUAACAAGCAUAAAAAUCCAACAAGCAUUGCAACUUCUGAUGAAAGGAGGAAUGAGUCUGUAGAGAAUUUAGCAGCAGCAUGGGGAGGUGAUACUCAAGCAUCUGGCAUGAAAGAAGUGCGUUUUAGGAGGACUGCGUCUUACAAUGAUGCUGGUAUAACAGAGACAUCAUUCAUAGAUGUGCUAAAAAAGCCUGUUUUUUCUGAGGCUGAAGCAGCAAAUGCGGCUGCCUUGGAAUCAUCUGAUGGUUCACUGACUGGACGAAGUGGGAAAAAGAAGGGGAAGAAAGGAAGGCAGAUUGAUCCUGCUCUCCUUGGCUUCAAGGUUUCUAGCAAUCGCAUUAUGAUGGGUGAGAUACAACAUCUUGAUGACAACUGAUACAUGCUGUUCUUGUUCGUUUUUCUCCUCUUGUUUUGGAGAUGAGUAGAUUGUGUACCGAUUACUGAAGAAGCAAAUAGGACUUGAGAUUCUUUGUUUUUUUUUUUUUUUUCCCUUUUCCUGUCUUGUUCAAGGUGCGGAGAAACUGCCUGAAUUUCUCUUCUUGUCUGCCCUGCCAUAUUGUUAGUUAAUAUAAGUUCAAAUUUUAUGUAAUAGAAAAUAUUUUGUAGACAUGAAACAUGUCAGAGAAUAAUAAUAAAAUAUAAAUCCUAUAUUAGGUUUCUAAUCA